AUGGCUAGCUUCGCUUCACAAAUUUCCUCUGUUUUGUUGUUUCUGCUAUUUACAACAACAUUCAACUGUGUGAUCAGUUGCAAUGAAAGUGAUGAAAGGCUGCUUUUAAUCUUCAAACAAGGAGUGGUUGAUCCAAACAACCAACUCUCUUCUUGGACUACCGAAGAAGAUUGCUGUUUAUGGGAGGGAGUUCACUGCAACAACAUGACCGGAAGAGUCACAGAGCUUUCUCUUUUCAAUCAUACAUUGCGAGGUGACAUUAAUCUGUAUGUGCUUCAACUUGAAUUCCUCAACCACUUGGACCUGAGCCACAAUGACUUCAAAACUGUGAGUAUGCCACCAUGCCAAAUCUCCAAAUCUCCCUUUGAUGCUCACAAGUUUCACAACAAAUCACUUGCUACUCCUUCCAAUCACUCAGCUAAUUUCUUUGUUGCUCUACAGAGUAACAGGGAUAGCAAGUUGGUUGACUUGGACUUAUCGUAUAAUCACUUGAGAGGAGCACUUCCUGAUUGUAGGGCCAAUUGGAAACAAUUAAGAUUCCUUAAUUUGGGAAGUAAUAUGCUAACAGGUAAAGUUCCACCCUCAAUGGCUUCGUUAAUGGAUCUUCUGCAGCUGGACUUGAGCCAUAAUAGCUUCUUUGGCAAAUUUUCAUUGGACUUGUCAAACUGGACAAAUUUGGAAUUUAUGGAACCUUACUGGUUUGACAAUAUUGAUCUUGCUGAUAAUAAUCUUUCAGGAGCUAUACCACAUUGCCUAUAUAACAUUAUGCAGCCGAUCAUGCAAUAUUAUGCGAUACAUGGAAUAAAAGUCUUUGCUAAAGGAAGAGAAUUGUAUUACAAGUACUUUUCAGAGGUGCAUAGCAUCGAUCUUUCCACUAACAGUUUGUCCGGAGAAAUUCCUAAGGAGUUGUUUAACUUAGUUCAGCUGUGGUCCUUAAAUUUGUCUCGAAACCAUUUCAUUGGGAAGAUUCCCGAGGAAAUUGGUGGCAUGAAAGACUUGGAAUCUCUUGAUCUCAGCUACAAUAAGCUUUCUGGAGAAAUUCCUUCAACAAUCUCUAAUUUGUCUUUUCUUAGUCAUUUGAACCUAUCAUACAACGAUUUCACUGGACAAGUUCCAUUGGGAACCCAAAUUCAGAGUUUCAACCCAUGGGGUUUUGUUGGAAAUGAUCUUUGUGGGGAUCCUCUUCCAAAGAAGUGCUACAAGAAAGAAGCUUCUAAUCACUCAAAACCAGCCGAAGGAAAAUGA